GCGUUGCGGACGGACAUGCGAUAAGGCGGCUCAGCAUCGUACCGCACCUUACGGAGCCAUGUUUGGAUUCCUGGAGCCCGUCAAGAUGGCGCAUUGUUUCUUCAAUAAAAGCAUUGACUUCUUCUACAACAACAGCGGGAAGAACCUGUCGACGGUAUGGAGGCCGAAGGACGCUCUGGUGGUCGGCCUGGGGCUGACCGUGUGCGUUUUUGUCAUCUUGACCAACAUGUUGGUCAUCACGGCCAUUAUAAUCAACAAACGCUUCCACUAUCCUAUCUACUACCUGCUAGGCAACCUGGCCGCCGCCGAUUUGUUCGCCGGCGUGGCCUACACGUACCUCAUGUUCCACACAGGGCCACGGACGGCCUCCCUGACUGUGAAAACGUGGCUGCUCCGCCAGAGCUUGCUGGACACUAGCCUGACGGCCUCGGUGGCCAAUCUGUUGGCCAUAGCCGUGGAGCGCCACCAGACGGUGUUUGCCAUGCAGCUUCAUAGUAAGAUGUCCAACCAGCGGGUCUGCAUCCUCAUAGCCUGCAUAUGGCUGGCGGCCUUGUUGUUGGGUCUCAUCCCGUCGUUCGGCUGGCACUGCGUCUGCGAUCUCACGAGCUGCUCGCGGAUGGCCCCUCUCUACAGUCGGAGUUAUCUCAUCUUCUGGGCCGUGUCCAACUUGGUGGCCUUCCUGAUUAUGAUGGUGGUGUACAUGCAUAUCUUCAUAUACGUCAAGAGGAGGAUGGUGAGGAUGUCCAAGCACACGUCGUUCCAACCCAAGUACCGGGAGACCAUGAUCAACUUGAUGAAGACCGUGUUCAUCAUCUUGAGUGCCUUUGUGAUCUGCUGGACACCCGGGCAAGUCGUCCUCCUUCUGGAUGGAUUGGGCUGCAAAUCUUGUGAUGUGUUGACAGUGGAAAAGUACUUCCUUCUUCUCGCUGAAUUCAACUCCGUCAUCAACCCCAUUGUCUACUCCUACAGGGACAAUGAGAUGAGGGCCACCUUCAAACGGAUCCUCUGCUUCUGUUGUAACCGAGGCUCCAAAUACUCAACCUCCAUCAAGUCAACGAACACCGAGAGGAGAAUACUGGCCGACAAUGGACAUCUGGUCAGGGACUCCACACUUUAGACAUGCAUGAUGUCGCUGGCUUUCACCGGACAAAAACUGAAAGGAGAUAUGCCACUAUGGCGC